CCCCGCUGCCGCCGCCGGGCCCCGGCCAUAAAGCGGCGGCUUCGGGCCCCGGCCCCGCUCCUUGCCCCGUUCCUCCCAGCCAUGGCCGUGGCCCGGCGUAGGGCGGCGGUGGGGCUGGGGCUGGCCGGGGGGGCCUGCCUGCUGCUGGGGGUCUGCCUGCUGCUGGCCGGGCCAGCCAUCGUCAAGGAGCAGGUGGUCAAGAACGUGAGGAUCGACCCCAGCAGCAUCUCCUUCGGCAUGUGGAAAGACAUUCCGGUUCCCUUCUACCUGUCGGUGCACCUCUUCGAAGUGCUGAACCCCACUGAGGUCCUCGACGGAGCGAAGCCGAUCCUGAGGCAGCGUGGGCCGUACGUUUACAGAGAGUUCAGGUACAAAACAAACAUCACAUUCCAUGACAAUGACACCGUCUCCUACCUGGAAUAUCGGAAGCUCUUCUUCAGGCCGGACUUGUCCAAUGGCACCGAGGACGAGUACAUUGUCAUGCCAAACAUCCUGAUGUUGGGAGCAUCUGUCAUGAUGGAAAACCUGCCAAACUUUGUGAAGCUUUUGCUGAGCGGGGCCCUGGCUGGCCUGAAACAGGAGGCCUUUAUGAACCGGACGGUGGGGGACAUCCUGUGGGGUUACGACGACCCUCUUUUAGACACAAUAAAUAUGAUUGUUCCUGGCCUGAUCCCGUUCAAGGGGAAAUUUGGCAUGUUUGUAGGGUUUAACAACUCCAAUACCGGAUUGUUCACUGUGUACACGGGCAUGAAGAACAUCAGUCGAGUUCACAUGGUGGAUUCAUGGAACGGGUUGAAGAAGGUGAACUACUGGCGGAGCACCGGGUGCAACAUGAUCAACGGGACCGCAGGGGAGAUGUGGCCGCCGUUCAUGUCCCCGACGUCGCUGGAGUUUUACAGCCCUGAUGCCUGCAGAUCCAUGACACUGGUGUAUGAGCAGUCGGGGGAGUUUAAGGGUGUGCCCACCUAUCGCUUCGUGGCCCCGAAAACACUCUUUGCCAAUGGCACGGACUAUCCCCCCAACGAAGGCUUCUGCCCCUGCAGGCAGUCCGGCAUCCAGAACGUCAGCACCUGUAGGCUGAAUGCACCGAUGUUCAUCUCCCAUCCUCACUUCUACAACGCCGACCCAAGCCUGGUGAACGCCGUCGAAGGCCUGAACCCCAGCAAGGAGCACCACGCGCUCUUCCUCGACGUGCACCCGGUGGGGGGCCUGGCUCUGAUGACGGGCAUCCCCAUGAAUUGCUCCAUCAAGCUCCAGCUGAAUCAGUACUUGAAGCAGGUGUCUGGUAUAAUUCAAACAGGGAAAAUUACGCCAGUGGUGCUGCCGCUGCUGUGGUUCGCAGAGAGUGGCAACAUUGAAGGCUCAGUCCUAAACCAGUUUUACACCAACCUGGUGCUGAUCCCAUCCAUCCUAGACUACCUGCAGUACAUCUUCCUUGGGCUCAGCGUCCCGCUCAUCAUCUCAGCUGCUGUACUCACGAUGAUGAGUCAGGAAAAAUGCUCUUUAUUUUGGAGUAGCAAUAAAAAGAACUCAGACAGUAAAAAGGCCAACCAGGCCUCCUCUGCCAGAAAGCUGCCUCCAGUUAAGGUGUUGCGGGAAGCCAGACUGUAGAGACCCACCGACGAGAAGAGCCUGUGCGACCCCACCACGCCAAGCACGCCGCCCCAGUUCUCCGAGACAACACCGCUCCUGCAAGACACCAGCACGUCGUGCCAGGACGCCGCCGAAGCCUGAGCUGCCGGCCCCGGCAUGCUUCCCGCUGAGGCGUGCGGGGCGAGAACCACUUUGGAUCCCCAGGGGUCUCUGGAAGGUGACAUUGUCCUGGGCAGCUCCGCAGAGACCCUGCACUGCUUGGCAAAGCCAUGGGCCUGUGCCUCUGCACCAGUGCUCCUGCGCUGGGCACACAGUGAGGAAUGUCCUCGUCCAGCCCCCCGAAACACAGUGUUCGAGAGCCCUUGGCCAAAAGGGGCCCGCGCUCACCGCAGUCCCCCUGUCCCUGAGGGCAGGCAGGACUGGAGGACUGCUGCUGGCUGAUCUGUUGUUUUGCAAUUUAAAACUGCCUAUUGCCAGGAAUAAAAGGCACUUUAAUGGGAGCCUUUAGAAUAAACAAGGUUUGUAUACAUAG